CCCAUACAAGCUCUACCCUGGCAGAAGUUUCAGAGGAACGCGUCUUGAAACCAAAAAUGCUGUGCUUAACGAUCUCUUUUAUCUCCAUCUUCAUUUGCUUCUACUGCAUCUAUCAGUGUAUCAAACCAAAAAAUUAUCCACCCGGCCCAGUGUGGAUACCGUUAUUUGGAUGUCUCCUGAAAUUCGGAUGGCUACGCUUGAAAUACGGGUACAUUUAUUUGGCUCUACAAGAGUUGGCGCGCACAUAUGGGCCGGUAUUAGGAUUAAAGCUCGGAAAGCAAAAAGUGGUGAUGAUUUCAUCGUACGACCUAGUGAAGAAGGCUCUUCUACAGGAUGAAUUCAACAACCGGCCGGAUGGAUUUUUCUUCAGAAUACGAUCGUUCGGGAAAAGAAAGGGCGUUCUGUUCACCGAGGGUACCGCAUGGUCGCAGAUUCGUAGAUUUACGAUGCGGCAUUUGCGGACGUUCGGUAUAGGUCAGUCAAUUAUGACAGAACAAUUAAAUCUGGAGGCUCGGAAUCUCGUUGAUCAUCUGCAACUGAUGAGCGAACGUGGCGCGGUGACGAUGCACACGGCUUUCGAUGUCGCGGUGCUCAAUUCCCUGUGGUUUAUGAUCGCCGGGCAUAGAUUCGAGUAUGAGGAUCAAAAACUGCAGGAAGCGCUCGUAUUGGUUCACGAUGCCUUCAGAUUAAUGGAUACUCUGGGCGGAGUGAUUUCGCAACUGCCUUUUCUACGUUUCGUGAUGCCGGAACUAUCGGGAUAUAACGAACUAAUGAGGAUUCUUCACGGUCUAUGGGGUUUUAUCGACGAUGAAAUCAAGAUACAUGAAAAGGAAUUAUCCGGCGAUCAGCCGCGCGAUCUGAUCGACGCGUUUCUUUUAGAGAUGCGUAAAAACAAUGAGAAUAAAGAUACAAUUUUUGAUCGUGAGAAUUUAUUGAUACUGUGUCUUGAUCUUUUCCUGGCCGGGUCGAAGACGACCACUGAUACCUUAGCGACUACGUUUCUCUUCCUGUCAUUGAAUCCCGAGUGGGUAAGGAUACUUCAAGCCGAGUUGGACAGUGUCGUUGGUAGGUCACGAGCUCCGACCGAAGAUGAUUUACCAUCUUUACCAAUAACGGAAGCCUUUUUGGCUGAGGCACAGAGAUAUCUAAUUCUGGCACCACUCGGCGUACCUCGCACAACCGCGAGGGAUGUUACUCUAAACGGCUAUCUAAUACCCAAGGACACGAUUGUUCUCUUCGACUUUCAUAGUGUUCAAAAUGACAAGGCGUACUGGGACCAGCCGAACGAGUUCCAACCGCAACGAUUUCUAGACGAGCGGGGUCAAUUCUGUCGGAACAACUACAGUUUGCCUUUCGGUUUGGGCAAGAGACGCUGUUUGGGCGAGCAGCUGGCGCGCUCCUCGUUGUUCCUGUUCUUCACCUACAUCGUGCAUCACUUUGACAUGGAGAUCUCGGCCGAGCACGGCAAGCCGGAUCUGAACGGUUACGACGGUUUCACCCUGUCGCCGAAACCGUACCACCUCAGGCUGACGAAAAGGUCCAAUCGCGGGGACGACCGUCAUGAGCACAUGACGAGUACAUUUGGACUUCUGCGAAGGGGCUCGAUUUCGUCGAACUCGUAAAACGUGUACGUAAAAGCAAGACUUUCACGGCGUAGAACCAAUAAACGGCCAUUCGCAAACGCCCGGCCGCGCCAUGUACAGGGUCGGUUAACGGAAACGAAUCUUUUUGUCAAACAUCUCGCGCUCGUGUAACAUAUAACGCUAUAUAAUGCAUAACACAUUAUAUAUAUUACGAAGCAGAUCGAUUACCGUCUGGCGCGUUUUGACUUGAAAUGAUAACACCGCUUGCAACAGAGGAUGAAAGUACUUCCUCGUAGAUAAGUUUAUUUUACCGUUUUGUUGAACAUUAUUUCUUUUUCAAGAUUCAUAAAAUUAUUUUUAAUAUUUUCAAUGUAAUCAAAAUAAAAAAAAUCAUAUCUCGUAUCUACUGUUUUGUAAAUUUCUUGCGCGUCUUACGCGGAUUCUCGAAACGUGCUUCCUCGCACGGUUUCUAAAAAUUCAAUAGAUUUUAUUCACUGCACGUGAUAUUACAAAACAUUUCAAAUGGCGCGUAAGAAUAUGUGAUUUUGAUUAUUUAGUCGCGCAUACUCUGAAAUGCCAGUGGUAUGAAAGGUAGAUGACAGUUUGAAUAAACGAACGUAAGUUAAUAGAAACGUGCCGCGUGCAUUUCUAGCAAUUUACUAGCUCUCACACGAUCUAAUACGUCGAGAAAGAUGCAUCGUGUGUUUCACUUGAAGGAAGUAUACAUGUAUAGCUGAUAUAUUUCUAUCUCCUUUUAACAUAGUCGGAUUGUCAUCUUGUAUCCCAGCAUAUAGAGGAAGGCAGUAGCUUGAAAAAAACUUGUAAAAUCAUGAUAAAAUGUGUAUUUAACCACUUACAAUAUUUUCGCUAGUAAAAUUCCUAUAUUUACAUUUAUAAUAUAACACAAUUUCUUGUGUAGAGUAUAAGUAAAUUGUAAAGAAGAGAAAAUUUAUAAA